AUGUCUUUCAAGAAUAUUCCUAAAGAAUUUGCCCCUGCCCCGCGUGGAAUCACUCUUUACUCUCUGGGAACAUCCAACGGUGUCAAGAUCUCAAUUGCUCUUUCGUUGUUAAAUCUUCCUUAUACUUUGCACAUCAUUGACAUUUCCAAAAAUAUCCAAAAAGAACCCUGGUUUGUUGAAAUUAACCCCAAUGGGCGUAUCCCAGCCAUUUUAGAUAUUGACGAGAGUGGUAACGUCACUAAUGUGUGGGAGUCUGCCGCAAUCUUGCUUUAUCUGGUAGACAAAUACGAUAAGAAGCACAAGAUUUCCUUUCCCCGUGGAUCUCCCGAGUAUCUUGAAUCUCUGGAAUGGCUUAUUUUUCAAGUGGCCGGUGUUGGUCCUAUGCAGGGUCAAGCUGGCCAUUUCAAAUUCUAUGCACCUGAGCAAAUUCCAUAUGGAGUCAAACGUUACACCGAGGAGACUCGCAGACUGUACAGUGUACUGGAGAAGCAACUCACUGACAAUGGCUCAGGGUUUCUUGUUGGAGACCAUAUUUCCAUUGCAGAUGUUGCAACUGUGGGCUGGGUUAGCGUCAGUUACAGCCUUGGAAUUGAUUUGGCCAAAGAGUUCCCCGCAGUUCAUGACUGGGUUCAGCGCGUGAUUGAUACCCCUGGUGUGUAUGAAGGCUUCAAUGCUCAUGGAACUUGGCGCGGAUUUACUCAGGGUCCGUGGAAAGCCCCACAAACUCCAACAUUAUCGGAUCAAAAGUAA